GGAACUACAUACAGGGUUCAUGUUACUUCAAUUAAUUAUGUACAAUAAUUAAAGAUAUUACUUCAAAGAAUAAGUUAUUGGUUUGUGUUGUGCGUUUGUGUGGGAAAUUGAAAGUUUGAAACUGGAAUUUAAGAAAUUGUAAUAUUCCUAAGUCCUAACCAUGUCGAUUACUUACAUACCCCGUGUAACUCAGCUCGAUUCAAUCCAUUUAGAUGAUCAGUUAGAGGAGUUGUUCAAACAUUUAUUGUUUCAAACAACCAAAUAUUUUGAGCCAGGAUUGCUACAGCCUGUUUUACCUGAGCUAGAAUUAUUGCUGAGAACAUGGAUAUUCAAAUACUCCAUGUACAACAAAAAGUGUACAUUUGGUCAGCAAAUGCUGUCAAUGAGAUACAAAACAGAAAACUUUACAACCUCCAAGUUGUAUUGGUACUAUGUGUAUACAGUACUAUUAAGAUACUUAAAAGAUAGAGCUCUCUACAGUUACACCUCAAAUAUCAAAGUGCAAAAUGUUUUGAACAGAGUGGAAAAAGUUCAGUUAGUUGGUGACAUACUGAAUUUUCUCAGAUUCAUUCAAAGUGGAAAGUAUCCUAUGCUGAUUGAUUAUAUCCUUGGCCUCCAUUUGUCUGCUGAUAGAAUAACAAGAGAAAAUCUCAGUGAUUUUUCCUGGACUAGAGAAUUGCUUUGGCAUAAUCUUAUUGAAUUGACUGGGACAGUACUAUCUCUAGUCAACAUGUUUGGAUUGAGACAAAAGGUGACAAAGCUACUGAGACACAUGUGGUGGAAGAGUUAUACCCGAUCAUCUGUUAUUUCGGGUUCUUCUGUGAUGACCAUACACACAGUGUGCCCCUGCUGCAGUAAGAGGCCUAUCCUGCCUCAUGUUAUGGGCUGCUCGCAUGUAUUUUGCUAUUAUUGUUUAAUGGCAAACAAAAUGGCUGAUGCGGAUUUUGUGUGUCCAAAGUGCUACUUCAAUGGCAAAGAUGUGUGUCCUUAUACAAUAAGUUCAAUAGUUUAAUAGUAGAGUUGAGGUUAUUGACUUGUGAUACAGAUAGAGACAAAAAAAUGCCUGACGCUAAUUUUUUCUUUCACCUGCGCGGCGCACUAUUUUGCCACUUAUUUCCUCGCGACUACUACUAGUUUCGUACGCGAGAGAAAGAGAAAAGAAGCGUUAGUUCUUUCUUCAAAAUUUCUCUCUCCAGUGAACAGAGUUUAGGUGGGAAGUUUGUUAUUAUAUAAUUGUUACCAAAUUGUUACUAUUUUUAUAAGCAUUUUAAAAUAAAAGACAAUAUUUUUUU